AUGGGUAAUGCCAUGCGCGGUGUCAUCGCCUUCAUUCCCUCCGAGCGCUGUCAACGCUUCUUAGUGGGGGACCUGAAGGAGAUGCCACUGGACCGGACGCUGGACCUGAGCAGUCGGCAGUUGCGUCGGCUGCCCGUCGCCGCCUGUGUCUUCGAUGAGCUGGUGAAGCUUUACCUGAGCGACAACAACCUCAGCAGCUUGCCGGCUGAACUGCAAGGCCUGAAGAAGCUGCAGCUCCUGGCCCUCGACUUUAACUGCUUUGAGGAGCUCCCCGCAGCUGUUUGCAGAUUGCCUCAGCUCACCAUCCUCUACCUGGGUAACAACAGGCUCUAUCGCCUCCCCAGAGAACUGAGACAGCUCAAGGAACUUAGUACUCUGUGGCUGGAGACUAAUUGCUUUACUGUUUUCCCCAAGGUGGUUUGUGAGCUCUCAAAUCUAAAGACCCUACACCUUGGCUAUAACCAGAUACGGAGUAUACCCCAAGAAUUUGGGCAGUUGGAAGAGCUACGAAGUGUCUGGCUUGCUGGGAACCAGCUGACGGAGUUCCCACCAGUGUUGCUAGAUAUGCACUUUCUGGCUGUAAUUGAUGUGGAUCGCAACAAAAUACGCUACUUCCCAGGACUUACUCACUUGCAAGGGUUGAAACUCGUCAUCUAUGACCACAACCCCUGCGUCAACGCCCCGGUGGUGGGGGAGGGAGUCAGAAGAGUCGGCCGCUGGGCAGACAGCAUGGAUGAUGAGCUGGAAGACGACGGAUCGAAGGCAGCGAGUGAGACUACAGCUGAGGUCGUGGAAGUUCAUCCUGAAGAGCAACAAAACAUGUGA